AAUAAAAUUAAUGACAGUUUCCACAAAAGUUGGAAUUUCAAGAUAUGAUGAUGUACCAUUGUACUGCUAUUUAGGUACGUUUUCCAAACACUCCUCCUAAAAGAAGACAACGCUAGAGGAACAAAAUGGGAACUCUUUGACAUACAUAUGUUCAAGUUCAAUAAAUCUUACUGUCAAAUAUUGUCAACAAAGUUUUCUUUAGAGGUAUUUAGUGUGCUAAAAUAACGUGUUUUUAAAAGAAAUGGAGAAAACUGAGAAAAAGCGACCGCACAAAGCGAUGUAUCGGCCAUCGUGGGAGAAGAUUCCAAUGCUCAAAAACUGGAUACAAUCGGUUCCUGGGAAACCAGAUAAAGCGUUUUGCCGGUUCUGUCAACGCCUGCUCUACGCCCAUCGGUACUCCGUUCUGAAGCACACCUGCACAACAAAGCACCAACAAAACGCUGAUAAAUUCAAAGAAGGCGCUCAGCCAAGCCACCAAACAAUAGUUUUCACGAACAGGAAAACUAAUAACACUAACAGUAAUUGCCUCAGUCCCCAGAGAAACUGUGCGGACGAACCACCUGUAGUUUCCACAGAAAUAAUCACACUCGCGGACGAGAAGGAUGACGCGGAUUUGGAAUUAAAUGAUGAAGAAUCCAAAGAAUUCCUGACAUUCAUUUCCACGUCCGUAUCAGACGACCCCUGCCACGGAAACGUUAUUGAAGAGGAAGUGGACGAGGUGGAUUUCAUAGUAGAAGAUGCAGAGGACGAAAAAGAAUGCGCGGAAUAUCACUUUGAGGAAACCGUUGAGGUCUCUGCACCGUCAUCACCAUCCAGCAGCGAUAUGCCAUCCCAUAAAAGUCUUACAAUAUCAACACAUAUUUUGGAUACAUCGCGAGGUAGAGCAGCAACGAACGUACCUGUAACACUUUUUAAAUUAGAAAACGAUAUUUGGAAGCAAAUAAGUCAAAAUGUGACCAAUCAAGAUGGGCGUGCUCCAGGGCUUGUUCCCAAUGGGGAUCUCACAGUUGGAUUAUAUAAGUUGCAUUUUGACACCGCGGAAUAUUUCAAACAAACUACAACCAGAUUUUUAUAUCCAUUUGUCGAAAUUGUCUUCAAUUGUGACGAAUUAGGUCAUUAUCACAUUCCAUUGUUAUUAAAUCCUUUCGGGUAUUCAACAUAUCGAGGGACGUAAAGCAAAACUUUCUUCUAAUAAUAAACAGAUGUGUUUUGUAUGCUUGCCCAAAUUCAAUUGUUAGAAACCAGCAAUAAAAAUGAUAAAAAAGUUUGCCAUUGUAUUAUAAAUCAUUGCCAACAAGAAAAUAAAUUAUUUAAGCGAG